UUUCCAAAUUAAGCACUUGUUCUCUUUCUCUCUCUCUCCCACAGAAACCCAUAAGACUUUUUUCAGCCUCACAUCGUAUUUCUUCAUCUGGACUGAAUUGAUUCGCUGAAUCUGAAACUGGGUCUUGUUCAUUUUCUGAACUAGUUCAUCACAAAGAACAAAUCUCAUGGAUUGGUAUUUCGGUAACGGGAUCGAUGACCUUGUUGUCCCAAAUGAUGGAGGAUCUGACAGGCUUCCAUCACCAGAUAGCUGGUCGAAGUGGGGGAUAAGUGCAUCUGAGUGCUUUCAGUCCCCGAAUAAAUGCUAUUCCAUGUAUCCACAAUUCAGUAAAGAAGUCAACUUCAGUGGGAAAGGUUUAUUAGAUGAAGGUGAGAUGGGAACUUCUGCUAAUGACAGAGAUCUAUCUAGCAGUUCAAGUGUUUGUGAAGGAUUGUCUGAUGACUCUCUUCAGAAGACCUCACUUUCUUACAAUCGGACCUACAAUCAACUUGAGGACCUAGCAGGACUCCAACAGAUGGAUGACAUAUUCUUGAGUUCCUUACUUGAUGAUCUUCCUGGGGUAGAAAAUGUACAUAAAUCGUUCUUUUUCCGUUCUGAUUCCAGUGGCAUGUUAGCGAGUGAUAGUAUUUCGACAAGCAUGAAUUUGGAAACACAAAGUAUUUCAAGCAGUGUUCACAGUGCUGGCAGCUCAAAAUAUCUCAAAACUCAUGCAUUUUCACCGGAAUUGGGUUCAGAGAAGGGGCAUACCACUAUCUCACAUAUCAGUCCCUGCAACUCAGAGCGUAAUGACUGCUCACCAAUAAAGGCACAGACAGAUAAACUCAUGCUUCCAACUGAGCAAGGGUGCAUGCAUGGUGGUGCGGAUGAUGAAACAUCAGUUGAAGAAUCUGUAUUGCAGGAGCUGGAAAUGGUGAUGACACAGUUGACUGAAAAGACCCGAAUCUGUUUUCGAGAUGCUUUGUAUCGUCUUGCUGAUAACUCAAAAGGGAAUCAUGUUACACAGAGCCAGGACAGAGACCUUGCCAUUGAGAAACCGUCUUCAUGGGCAGACCAUGAUGAAACAACAAGGUCUGGAAGCAAGAAAGUCACAGAAUCAGAGACAAACACCAUUGACCGAGCAAUUGCGAACCUCAUGUUUAAUGAGAUUGACUUCAAUGCACAAGACCUCUCUGGAGGAUCAUCAUCAGACUCCAAACAUGAAUUCAAUGGAGCUUCUGGGCAACAACUAUCUGAAAAUUCCUACCGGCCGGAAGUCUCUCAUUCGCAUCACAAUUCAGUUUUGCCACAUGAUGCUGAAGUUCCAACACUUGGUCAAAGAGACAUGCAUAAAAAUUUCACAAUAAAUGCUGGUGGAAAGAGGAAGACUCCAAUGACGGAGUUUGGCUCUGCGACCGAGUUCUAAAUGGCCAUUUGAGGAAUGUUGUGACACCGCAAUGAUCUGGUGGGCAAAGAAGUUAAUGAAAUUACACGAAGAUCAUUCAUGAGUUGCUUGUACAUAUACCCCAUAUAGUUAGUGUGCAAUGUUUAAAGAUUUGCUGGAUCCAUACUUUCAGCUCAGUUUUGAUCGGCACGUGGAUGAGUAUAUUUAAAAGUAGUAGCUUGUUGUAGACAUGGAUUUUACUUCAAGAGGUUGAAUCGUCUCAUUGGAUUUUGCAUGAUGAUGUUAUUGAUGUUACAAAACAGAGGAGCUUCGUGAGUAUGGGUUGCAGCUCAAUGAGAUGAUUCAGCCUCUUGGUGUUUCGUUGAUGAAAGCUAGUGCCGUUACAUUAUUCUGAUAUGUUGAAG